UACCGCAGGCGGAGGGAUCCGCCGGAGCACCGAGGCUUCCGACGGGCGGCGGGAAGGCUCGACGUUCUACGUUACAGUUACAGCUUGUACAUGGACGUUUUCUUUGUCAUCUCUUGAUUAACAUCUUCGCUUGAUAUGAUAUUUUUCAUGGGAGAAUAUGGGUAACUUAUGCAUGUUUUGUUGUUGAUGUGAUGUGUUUGGUGUUAGUGCGCAGCGUUGUGAUUUGAGUCUUUUCCAUCAGGCGAUGUGAAGCGGUGUCGACUGGAAGGGGCUAACGGGAGGCUAACUAACGGACGCUUUCUUAUCAUCUGGCUGUCGUGUAUUUUACGGUCGCUUCGUUGCUUUUAUACAACAGCUGGCAGUUCACACCCUCUGUGUUUUAAGUAAUGUCAUCACGGCGUUCCACAACAUAACGUGGGAGAUGAAUUCAGAUUUUCGUCGGCUCACCGCCGCGGAUGAAUAGUGAUUCCACGUCGACGUAGUGCUGCGGCUGUACGCGUACUCGUGGCAGCGGUGACGCGUGCGCGCGACAUUACGACGAACCGUUCCGCGGUCGCGCGAUCGGGGGGCGCCCCCCUGCGUCGUGAGCGCGCUGCGCAGGUUAGCGACGCGCCUUGGACCGGGAGUGUGUUGUGAUGAUCACCGCGCCGCCGUACGGAGAUCCUCUGUAGGACAGAUAGUCCGCAUGAGCACCGGGCCAUUCCACACUUCAGGCAUGACAGGACUGCAGCACACUAUUAACAUGGACGGCCGGGACGAGUUCAUCCAGGGCAAUGCGCAGCACGGCAUCCACUCCCAGGCGCUGCACGAGCAGGACAGCGUCUCAGAAGACAGCGAUAGCGAACAUGGCGACGACUCGUCAUCCAACACCUCCACGGACGACCUCAUGAGCGCCAAGCGCACGCCGUGCCGCCUGCAAGGAGCCGGAGUCAAGGAGGAGAGCGGAGAGGAGGCGGGAGAACGAGGCCACGGCUUCCAGUGUCCCCUCUGCACCCUGGACUUCAGCAGCCCCGAGAAACUCAUCUCUCAUGUGUACCAGCACACCGCCAUGAUGAGCAACACCAAGAGCUACGUGUGCCCGGUGUGCGGCCGCGUGCUGAGCUCCCCGGGGUCUCUGGGCCGCCACCUCCUCAUCCACUCAGAGGACCGCCUCUCCAACUGCGCCGUGUGCGGGACACGCUUCACCGACAUGGACAACCUCAACAGGGAGAAGCUGAAGGAGGCUCUGAACACCAGCAGCAUGCAGGACUGCGGCGGCGGCCGCGACGCCUGCGCCAUGACCCAGUCCCUCUCCGGCGGGGCCAUGGCCCACCCGGGGGCCCGCUCCUGCCAGGGGCCCGGCCCCAACGCGUGUCAAAUCCCCCUGGCCUGCCAGGGCGCCGGCCCCCGGCCCUGCCACGGCGCGGGGAUGGGCCCCGGGGACCAGGGCUCCUCCUUCCCCUCGCUCCCGGACAGCCUCCUCUCGGAGGGCCCGUCGCUGGGCUCCAUCACCGACGCCCUCAACUCGUCGUCCUCCUCGCUGCCUCAGAUCCCAGACAUCCUGAGCCCGGCGGGGGCGCCCGUCUACCCGGCGGGGGUGCUGCUGCUCUGCAACAGCUGCGUGGCGUACCAGCAGCUGGUGGACGCCCAGUCGCCCAUGAGGAAGUGGGCGCUGCGCCGGAAGAACGAGCCGGUGGAGGCGCGCACGCAGCGGCUGGAGCGCGAGCGCACCGCCAAGAAGUCGAAGCGCGCCCACGAGUCGGACGAGGAGCGCCAGAUGCGGCGGCUGCGGGACCGCGAGGCCAAGAGGAUGCAGCGCAUGCAGGAGUCGGAGGACCAGCGGUCGCGCCGGCUGCAGCGGGACCGCGAGGCCAUGCGGCUGAAGAGGGCCAACGAGACGCCGGAGAAGAGGCAGUGCCGGCUGGUCCGGGAGCGCGAGGCCAAGAGGAUCAAGCGGCGGCUGGAGAAGAUCGACCCGUCCCUGCGCACGCAGAUCGAGCACGACCCCGCCGCCAUGGCCGCGCUCACCGCCGACAUGAGCCUGUUCCAGUUCCCCUGCCCCAUGGGCGGCCCGCCCAUCGACAACGGCCUCUUCAUGAAGCUGCCCUGAUUGGCCCAACGGACCGCUUCUGCUCAGCCUCUCUGGGCCGUCGGGUCGCCAUAGAGACGAGACCCCCCCCCCCCCCCGCCGAUCGAACCCUGUUUCCGUCUGUGAGGAACGACCGGGACAACAGACCGCUUAAAAAAAAGAUAUAUACAAAAUCUACUACUUUAUAAUUUAUUAGUCUUAGAUAAACACGUCCGACGGGACGGAGAAUGUUCCGUGUUGUGUGAAUGACGUGGUGAUGAUGAUGAUGAUAUACAUGCAUGUUGUACAGAGAUUGAUGAGACGAAGAGGACACUGACUCCCCUCCCUGGAGGAUGUUUUUGCACAUGGACCGGUCAUCAGUGAUCGGAGAGCCCCCCCCCCCAUCCGCCUGCACACGGGUCGGUUCGUGUUUACUGGUAACCCCACCUCCCAUUACGCUGCCAUCACGGGUCAGCCUGUAUUCACCCACACAACUACCUCACUAGGGGCCCGGGGCUCUGGGGCCCGGGGCUCUGGGGCCCGGGGCUCUGGGGCCCCCCCGUACCGUGGCUUACCCCUGUCCAUCUCCGGCCCCCCCACCACAAGCGUUUACCGAUCCACUACAGAUAACCGGGCCCCCCUCCUCAUUUGUCACUCAGGGACCUUCAACAGGACGACCCCCCCAGAGAGGAAAGGGGUCCAAACUGAACCAUGAGUUUCAAUUCGGGGUUCAGCUUGUUUCUGUGUCUGCGCUCAUAUUGAACAUGCCUUGUAUUCAGUAUUCAGUAUUACAGCUCGUCCAUAUCAGUAUAACUCAAUGCGUACGGCCCCUCCUAGUUUUCCGUUGCCAAAUGCCGUUUUCACUCGUAAUAUCACCCUCCAUACGCUUUGCCAAAUAGUGAUUUCAGUAUGUGUAGGUCAAGUUUCUGUGAUCUUGUGCAAAGUGUUUCCGAGGCCAUGAAAUGUCCAUUUGUGCUGCUGUUACCGUACGCGUUACCUCUGACCUUAGAGCCUCAGCAGAAGGAGAUAGUACCUCAGACUAUACUCAUUCAGUGGCUUCAAGAGUUCCACUACCACCACCAACCACUUUCUCAUUGUUUAAACCGUGUUUCUCCGAUCCGGUUUGGAGUCAAUACGACAGUACCUCAAGUUAAAAUGUACAACCGAAUCGGGCAUUAGCAUUGAUGGUGUAUUCUAUCCAUAAAUUACUGACAUGUUUAGGACAGGUUCUGUGACAGGAGACGAGUGGUUGUCAGUUCCAGGUCCAUACGUUUAUUUUUGUAUUUAUUUUAUUUUUUAUAUUCAUUGGUUUGCAGAGCACUGGACAUUAUAUGAAUCACUACGCCCCUACAGGGAGAGAUUGUCUUGGAUCAAAUAACCUCAUUCCAACAUAUUUAUGCAAGAGGAUGUGUAUAUUAAUAUUUUUGUGAACAUAUCUGAUUGUGCUUAAUUAUAUACAUUUCAUAAAUUCCAACCGUUGAAUGGUGUUUUGUUACGUUUUUGACCCAUCCAUCUAAUUUCAUUUUCCAGAUGCAAAUAUUCCCAGGGUCGAACUACCAGUUUACAUAAAUGUGACAUAAGAACUACAGGCCUGUCUGUUUAGCGCUCAUUUAACAAGCUAUUUAUGUAAAUGACAGGUGAGGUUGCUCUUGUAAUUCCUAUUUUGUUUUUGAACACCUUGUAUUCCACGACUGCUUUAAACCUCUAUGCAACAGGGGUAUAUUUAUUGAGAUAAAGAUUAGGUCACUUUCCAUGAAAACUAUGCAGAUCAAAACGGAACAUAAUUCUUCAUAUAGUGCUUAGCUACUCAGGCAGUUGAACUCAGUGAGAGCUCAGAUCUCUAACAGAGGAUCUCAUACCACAGGUGGGAUUCUAGGCCAUGAUUAGGGUGCUCUAGGAAGUGUCUUUAAAGGUAGUCUGUUGUGCAAGAAACAGGGUGACACCUUGAUUCCCCAAGGGCAGAUCGCUGAUAUCCAAUUAUUUCUACAUGGGUUUAUACACAGGUCAGACUUUGAAUACUAGGUAUUCUCCAUUGUGACUUUUUUGAUUCUUGUAUUUAUGUGAUCAUCCAGGUCCCCUAGUCCAAGAAUUCUACACUAAAAUAUUUGUUCAGAAGAACCAUGAUUGCAAUGGACGUAUUGAUGCAUUUUCUCUCUUCUGAGCUUAUCGAUUUUCGAUUUUAGGUAAGCAUUGCAUGUUGUAAUAACUGCAUUUGUCCUAUGGUUUAGUAUGAGCUUGUUAUUUUGAUGCUUGACUGUUUUAUUCUAAAUAAAAGGAAAUGACUCCUUUCUGGUGGUGUUAGAGAAUUGGCCUUUGGUUCUGUCCAUCAGGAUUUGCUUUGAUGUACGCGUUUACAUGACCUUCGAUUUGUCAGAAAUGGCCAAAAGGAGAAAAUUGGAGAUUAAACUGAGGACAUGUGCUUAAUGUACUUACAUAUUGAACGGCUGAAUUGAUGGUGUGUCCACAGUCCCUGGGUAACUGUCUUAUCAACUUGGAAUAGACUAUGGAAAUAAAACAUUGAAUAUCACUGCCUGUAUUAGAUCCAUCUUUCAUGUAAAACGAAACAUCAGAAUAAUCAACAGUUAAUCAAACUAGUCAAAGUGUAUGAGCACAAAGCACCUACCAGUUAUGGACCAAAAACAUAUUUGCACCUUCAUUUAUGUAGGGCAGGCCCCGUGCUGUGCAACACAACUUACCUUAAGCACCAUCUGCAUUUAGGCUUGUUUCAUGUGCUACUAAAUAUUGUUGAUUCCCCUAUGAGUUUAAUAGUCAGAGGACCGAUAUAAACACUUUCAAAUCAAAUUUAUUGGAUGCAAAUAGUAACCUUUGUAUUAUAGAAUAUGCAUAAUGAUAUUUCAGAUUUUCACUUCCACUCACUUUUAUAAAAAAAAAACUUAAACGGAAAGCAA